CUCCCCGCCGUCACUCCGCCGCUCUCCGCCUCUGUGUCGGCGGCUCUGCUAGCUCUCUGUUAGCCCCCAUCGGCCACCGACCACCGGAUCAUGGCGGACGCAGCCAGGGACCCUCCGCCGGAGAGCACCGACUUCCACGAGCUGGAGGACGGGGAGGAGCUGUUCCCGGAGCCGGCGGCCGCUCCGGAGGAGUCACAACCAGCCAGUUUAAACGCCGAGGACAUCAGCACCAACUCCAACGGACCCAAACAGGACCUGCUAUUCGACGAUGAUCCAGAAGAUCUGUUUGCAGAGGCCACAGAGGAGGUUUCGUUGGACAGUCCGGAGAGAGACGUCCUGCUGUCGGACGGCCCGUCGCCCGCCAUCACCCCCAUAACUCCGCCCACCUCCGUCAUCACGCCACGCCUCGGCCACGCCCACGACGACAUGUUCACGCACUCUUCAUUCGACGAGAUUGAAGAGGAGGAAGGUGGCGAUUCCUUCGACAUCAACAUAUCGGUGUCCGACCCAGAGAAAGUCGGUGACGGGAUGAACGCCUACAUGGCCUACAAAGUGACCACCAAGACGUCCAUGUCGCUGUUCAAGCGCAACGACUUCUCGGUAAAACGGCGUUUCAGCGACUUUCUGGGCCUCCACAGUAAACUGGCCUCCAAGUAUCUGCACGUCGGCUACAUCGUGCCGCCGGCGCCGGAGAAAAGCAUCGUGGGGAUGACCAAGGUGAAGGUCGGGAAGGAGGACCAGUCGUCCAACGAGUUCGUGGAGAAGAGGAGGUCGGCUCUGGAGAGGUAUCUGAUGAGGACGGUGAAGCACCCCAUCCUGCUGAAGGAUCCCGACGUCCUGCAGUUCCUGGAGAGCUCCGAGGUAAAUCAGCGGCUUGUCAGGAUCCUCGGCUCACCUGCUCGUUAUCGGCGCACCUGUUAAACCGCGGCUUCGAACAAGAUGAGCAUCAGGAUGAACCAAUCAGACGCUUGGUUUGAGGAGAAGCAGCAGCACUUUGAGAACCUGGACGUCCAGCUGAGGAAGCUCCACGCCAGCGUCGAGUCUCUGGUCUGCCACAGGAAAGAGCUGUCGGUGAACACGGCCCAGUUCGCCAAGUCGGCGGCCAUGCUGGGUAACAGCGAGGACCACACGGCGCUGUCCAGAGCGCUGUCCCAGCUGGCCGAGGUGGAGGAGAAGAUCGACCAGCUGCACCAGGACCAGGCCAACGGGGACUUCUACCUGUUCUCUGAGCUGCUGGGGGACUACGUCCGGCUGCUCACCGCCGUCAAGGGCGUGUUCGAGCAUCGCAUGAAGACGUGGCAGAAGUGGCAGGACAGCCAGAUGCUGCUGCAGAAGAAACGAGAGGCCGAAGCCAAGCUGCAGUUCACCAACAAGCCGGACAAGCUGCAGCAGGCCAAGGACGAGAUCAAGGAGUUGGAGGGAAAAGUCCAACAAGGCGAACGAGACUUUGAGCAAAUCUCCAAAACCAUCCGCAAAGAAGUCAGCCGGUUCGAGAAGGAGCGAGUGAAGGACUUCAAAACCAUCAUCAUCAAAUACUUGGAGUCGCUGGUUCUGACACAACAGCAGCUGAUAAAGUACUGGGAGGCCUUCCUGCCCGAGGCCAAGGCCAUCUCAUAGACCACCGCCUGGCUCCGGUCCAACUACACUACCCACGAUGCACCUGUCCUCCCAGCUCUCCCCGCUGCUCCCGUUUAAUCACCGAGUCGAGAAAAAAGAAGUGAGGCAGCGAAUCAAGUGACUUUUCUGCAGUAAACAAAAACAAAACAACAAAAUUCAUCGUCUUUAAUUUUUGCAAAACUUUGCUUCCUUCAAAGAAAUCAACAAAAUUCUCAUGUGGAUUUUCUUUUUUUUUUAAAUCUGAAACCUGCGCUGGGUUUUAUUUCCAGGACUGUGAACGCAGCACGAGUUUACAGCUCCGGCGACGGCUUCGUUUUCUUCUCCACGCAAACGGCGUCCGACGGUUUUCACGACUUUUAUUUAUUUGUUCCAUCGACGGACGCGAAGAGGAAACGCAGGAGUCGCUCGCUGUCCUCUUGUUUCUGAGGUUUUUCUUUUUGAACGAUGAUCUCAUCGUUGCUCCACAAAAACGUCGACGCGCCAACAUAAAGAAACAGCGUUUGUACGGAAGCUCAUUGCGACCACAAAAAUAAGAUCAGAACCGAUAAAAAGUUUGGAACGAUAAAAAAUAACGAUAAAAAAAUUAGAAUGAAAUCAAAAGUUGUAAGAAAGUUUUAAAAUCAAAGUGACCUGCUUUAUUGACAUUUUUAUCACAAAUUUUCACCAUAAAAACAACUUUUCUAAGACCUGUUCCUCCUAAUCACUGCUUUCAGUCAUUUUCUGCAAAAUAAGUAAAGAAUGAAGCGUAAUAAUAUUGAUUAAAUAUUCUCCACUGCUUUCUUUUGCAAAUAAAACUGACUGGAAGAAGUUAAGUAAUUAGAAGGUUUAAAAAAAAAAGAAAAGAAAAAGCUGAUUGAUCAUCAGAAAUCCCCCCAAAAAACUAAAACGCCAAAAAAUUGUCCGUAAAUUGAGAAUAUUUUGGCAUUUACAUUAAAUUAAUAACCAUUUAAUCUGUGUUGUAUUCUGAUUAAUUCUGAUUUUUGGAGCAAAGCCACCAACACAAAUUAAUAUUUUAUUUAUUCAUAUUACCAAAUUAAAUAUCGAUAUAAACUGAUUGGACACAAAAAGACAUUUGACCUGAAAAACAAAACAAAACAAAAACAAUGAUCGAGCACUUAAUAAUAUUAAUUGAUUGAGAGCACCAUUACAUUUUAAACAACAAAUGAAACCUUUUUAUUUUGCGUAUAAAGUCAUUAAUGAACCUCCACAUCCAUAUUUUACCGGUUUUGACUCCAAACAAAUAAAUUUUUUUUCUUGUUUUCGUGGCGUGAAUGAGCUUCCAUACCGGGUCCCUAAAAACUACAUUUCCCAUGAGCAGCAGCGGCAGCAAAGAAAGACAGAACUGAAGGGAAAAAAGAAAAAGUGACUUUAUUGAAUUAUCCAUCGAGCCCGACGCACCUGUAACUUUACCCGGCAACAGAAUCUAAAAGCUCCGUGAUUGGACGCUUCGCGCUGCUGCAGUGUCUUCUGGGAGUUGUAGUUCUUUUCUCCAAACAGUUUACUUUUUCGAGCGUUUUUUAUUUUCUUUGUUUUUUUUUUGCUCGAAACAUGAAUGUGAAAACAAACAGGACCUCGAACGCCACACAGAUCACCGACCCACUUCGUGAGAGUUUUAUCCACUUCGACUCGCUUCGGGUAGUUUCAACAAAUCGGGAGCCGCUAAAAGCCUGAAAACGAACCACUGAGUCGGAGCGUUUCUGUGAGAUGUGAAACCGAUCCGGAGUCGAAGGACGACCGACCGACCGCAUCCUUCGCUUUACGUGUCUUGCUCUUCCUGUCACCUGUCCAGUGACAUCACUUCCUGUCGUGCCCUUUCCUGUUUUUGUUUUUGUUGCUGUAUGAUCGCAAGUGAAGGCAACGUUUUUCUGUUUCUGUUUCCCCUCUCUGAGGCGGAAGAAUCUCACUUCCUGGUUCGGUUCACGGAAGCUGCAUGAAAAUGUAGAAACCCAGAGGAACCAUCUUUAGACGUAGAACAUCCGUUUGUCUGGUCGGCGGCGGUUUGGAUCACGUCUGGAUGUUCCAGCAGUAGAAAAGGACGAUUGAUCCGCCGGUUCAUCCAGAUGACAAACGACGUCCUUUAACGGUUUUAAUAAGUUACUGCAUAAGCCUGAAAGUAAAAUUCACGGUUUGGAAACAUCAGCUGCUGGAGUUAGUCCAUAAAUCCAACAGUGGUCGUGUACUGAGUUCAGCUUUUUACCCGUAGCAGCUUCGUUUCUUCCCCUAAAGGCUCAAACAUGGAAACCAGUUGGUCCAAGCGUCACCAGUUGGGUCUUCCUGUCUUGGUUCUAAAGGUUCCUAAGAGUCUCGUAGGUGUUGACCAACCAACGGACCAGCAGACGCCUCCUCCAGCUUCUAGCAGCUCAGUAGGCGUCAAACUAUUGAAGAAGCUUCGUUACUAUUUCAUUUUAGUCCACAUUCGGAGAUUGUAGCGGCCGGUGGUGGCGUAAAGUUAGCAGACCUUUAGCCAAUGACGUUUGGGCGUAAGUCCACGAUUUGACUUUGGUUCCAUUUCAGAACCAACACGUCUUGUUUUGGUCUAAAAAAGGAUCACGGUUCAGGUUAAAGUCCACCUGUUGGCCACUAGGGAUGGAAGUCUUUGAAUAUUUAGUCUCCGCCCAUAGCCGAUACCAUCACCCUAAACAGUAACACUUCAGGUACCUGGUUGUUCCACCAGCUUCUUAGCUUUUAAAACCGACCACCGGAGGCGGACCCUUCCAUGUUUGUAAAGUCUGUGAAGGAGCGCCAUGACAGAGAAUGAAGGUAUAAGCUAAGCUACAUCCGUCGUUUCAGGUCCCUCGAUGCUCGACGGUCGUAUCUGGAGAUUCGGUUUGUUAGAUUUCUGUUUAAUUACAUCUAAACCACUGACCUGGACGUAAAUAAACGGAGGAUUCUGUCCAACAAACGUCGGCGCCAUCGAAGCAAAACACAUCCAACAGCUUGAGACCAGCUCAUGAGACAAUACCAAAGUUCUACGUCAUUAUUCCACCGGUUCCUAACGACUCGAACCGGGUCGUUUCUAGUCGGCUGCAGCGUGAACAGAACCAGGACGCUUUUCUUCCUGAAGCUCUACUUCACCUCAGAGAGGAAACUGUGAUGUGACGUUUUUAAAGAAGAGACGAAGCGGCUCGUUAGCGUCGUUAGCUCACGACGCUACCAAGCCGCCGUCGGGUUCACUUGAAGCGAGGCUCAGGUGAGCGUCUGUCAGGUGAGCGUCCGUCCGUCCGUCCGUCCGUCCGGAGAUCAGCCUCAGACUGUGAUGAAUUCUUCUUCGGCUGUUUCUCUUCGCGUUGGUUUAACUUUUCGUUUCAUGAUCAGAAUAAAAUCCAGAAUCGGUGUUUUUUCAUCUCUCCUUUGAUUGUUUCUGAUUGUCACGUCGUUUUCUUCCCGCCCUCGUCCACGCCGAGUCUUAAUCACGUCGAUCGCCACCUUUUUGUAUUUUAGUUUGUUUUGCAGCCGAAUGAUGUGCAAUGUUUGAUCUGACGUUUUAUUUCACAGACGAUGAAACGCUUUAUCCGAGGAGAUUUUUUUAAACCGUUUCUUCUUCUUUUUUUGGUUUCGAUGUGACAUUCCUGCAGCAGACGUUUCAGUACUUUAAUAAAGGAAUGUGUUCAUCCA